AUGGAGUCACCACAGCUCUCUCCCGAGGAGCUGGCGAGGGACAGGUCGCCCAUUGUCCUGGGCGUUACGUCCAUGUGCAUGGUCAUCGCCACGAGUGUGUUGGCCCUCCGGCUUUGGACGCGUUUUCACGUUGUCAAAAAGAUCGGCGUGGACGAUUAUGCCGCGACUUUCUCCUUGUUGUCGGUGUUGGGAUGUGGAAUCUCUAUUGCAGUCAUGACACGAUACGGUCUCGGAAGACACGAUCAGACACUCACAAUGGACCAAAUGAUCAAGUUUUCAAAAGUGAUUCCCAUCCAGUGCUUUUGGUGUUCCGUGUUCUUCUACAGCCUGAGCCACUUGUCCCUUAAGAUGUCCUUCCUACUCCAGUACUACCGCGUGCUGUGCACCACCCACAUGCGAAAAGUCUACAUCGUAGCAAUGGUCAUUGUCGGGUCGUGGGGCACCAGCGUCGUGGUCAUGUCCUUCGUCUUCUGCAUCCCUCUCGAGGGCUUCUGGGAUCACCGCGUCCCCGCCAAAUGCUUGGGCCAGCAGGUUCUGUUCUAUGCCUUCGGGGCUUGCAGCAUCGCCACGGAUAUCAUCAUCUUCCUCCUGCCAAUGCCCGCGCUCUUCACGCUCAAGAUACCUCGUUCUCAAAAGCUAUAUCUCCUGGGGAUUUUCAGCCUCGGCUUCCUAAUUGUGGCCAUUUCCGUCAUUCGCCUCCAGUUCCUCAAGAUCCAGCCCGACUUCACUUGGUACAACGUCGAGCCCGCUAUGUGGUCAAUCAGCGAGAUCACAGCGGCAAUGGUCUGCCUUUGCCUACCCCCUCUCAAGGCCCUGGCCACGCGGCUGGGCCUCCUAGCCACCCGCACGGGGAAUACGUCGCAGGGAAACAGCCGCAACUUCGGCGGGCCGUCGUCGACCGCACCGCUCUCGCCCAGUCCCAAGACUUUUGAUAGCCCUCCUGGAGAGAAGCCCGGCACUUUUGAUAACUUUGUGGUGGAGUCUGAGCAGUUCAGCGACGGAAUGAUACGUCCGACUCCCGCGCUCGCAGUAUGA